AUGGAGCUCACAAAAUCUCUCAAAACUACGAUCAGCCCAAAAUUCUCUUCACCGCUUCCGUUACCAUCCGUUCACCGUGUUUGGUCACCGCCCACUAAAACUCUCCAAACCAUUUCCGUUUCCACGUCCGUCACAAACCAUGUCACCACCACCACCAAAAACGACAACAUUAACCACCCAACCCCACAAAACGACGACGCCGUCGCUGCAUUCUGGGACUACCAGUUCCUCUUCAUCUCUCAGCGGUCGGAGACGGCCGAGCCCGUCGCGCUUCACGUCAUAAACGGCGCCGUUCCGGCGGACUUCCCCGCCGGAACUUACUACCUAGCCGGACCGGGGAUAUUCUCCGACGACCACGGCUCGACGGUGCAUCCACUGGACGGCCAUGGAUACCUCAGGGCUUUCGCGUUUGGAGAAAACAACGUCGUUAAGUUCAUGGCUCGGUACGUGAAGACUGAGGCACAAGAAGAGGAGCACCAAUCGGGCACCGACAUGUGGCGGUUCACGUAUCGGGGCCCGUUUUCGGUGUUGCGAGGUGGACGGAAAUUUGGGAACAGCAAGGUGAUGAAGAAUGUGGCCAACACUAGUGUUUUGAUGUGGGGUGGAAGAUUGAUGUGUUUGUGGGAAGGUGGGGACCCCUAUGAGAUUGAAUCUGGAACGUUGAAGACUGUUGGGAAGGUUGAUGUGAUCAAUGGCUGUGAUUCGUCGUUGGAAGGUGUUAGUGAGGGAGGUGAUGUAUGGGAUUUAGCUGCACGGCUGUUGAAGCCGAUUUUGUAUGGAGUUUUCAAGAUGCCCCCAAAACGACUAUUGUCUCACUAUAAGCUGGAUGCUCAAAGGAAUAGGCUUCUUACUGUGUCAUGCAAGGCAGAAGAUAUGCUACUUCCACGGAGCAAUUUUACAUUUUAUGAAUUUGACUCAAAUUUUAAGUUGUUGCACAAGCAAGAAUUCACAAUCCCUGACCACUUAAUGAUCCACGAUUGGGCUUUCACAGACACUUACUAUAUAAUAUUUGCCAAUCGAAUUAAACUUGAUGUUGCAGGUGCAAUGAUAGCAGUAAGUGGGAUUAGUCCAAUGAUAACAGCAUUGUCAGUGAAUCCAAGCAAGAACACAACUCCCAUAUAUCUGCUUCCUAGAUUCCCUAACAAAAAUGAAGAUGGAUUAUUAUUAAGGAGAGAUUGGAGAGUUCCUGUGGAAGCUCCUUCACAGUUGUGGCUUCUACAUGUUGGCAAUGCUUACCAACAUUUGGAGGAAAAUGAGAAUAAUCUCAAUAUCCAAAUACAUGCUUCAGCUUGUUCCUACAAGUGGUUCAAUUUCCAUAAGCUAUUUGGCUAUGAUUGGCGUAGUGGGAAACUUGACCCUUCAAUUAUGAACGUAAAUGCAGGCCAAAACGACAUGUUGCCCUUGCCCCACCUAAUUCAGGUAUCCAUCACCUUAGAUACCAAGGGUAAUUCCAAUGAAAAAUGUGAGGUGGAAACUCUAAACCAGUGGAACAAGUCUGCGGAUUUUCCAGUUAUAAACCCAUCAUUUUCAGGCUACAAAAACACUUGUGUAUAUGCGGCGGCUUCUUCAGGCUCUCGACCUGCAUUACCUCAUUUCCCAUUCGACACGGUGGCGAAGCUAAAUGUGUCAAACAAGUCCGUCCGCACAUGGUCCGUCGGUCACCGGAGAUUCAUCGGAGAGCCUAUUUUUGUCCCCAAAGGGGUUGAAGAAGACGAUGGCUACCUUCUUGUCGUUGAGUAUGCAGUUUCAGUACAAAGAUGCUAUCUUGUCAUUUUGGAUCCCAAAAGGAUUGGAGAAGCUGAUGCACUUGUUGCGAGACUUGAAGUCCCCAAGCACCUGAAUUUCCCUCUUGGUUUCCAUGGCUUCUGGGCAAGUGCAAAAUAA